CUUAAAAUAUAUUAAAAAAAGAAUUCAUAGCAAGGCGUUAAUCUACAUCCUAAACCCAGGCUCGCACCAGUCUCACCUUAACCUGUCUUUCCUGCUCGAUGCACGGCGUCGGUAUGUCCUCAGCGGAUGGAAUUCUUCCUGAACUUCUAAUCAUUCACUAAACUUGGCUCUUCAUCAUAACAUGCUCUACCAAUUCAUCAUUACAAGGGGCGUUUCAAUCAAGUUCGUGCUUCUUCUCUUUGAAUUUUCAAUCUUUCUUAUAAAUUACUUGUACUAAUUGUCAAUUCUCAUGGCUUUAGUUCCGCACUCAUUUCCAUUGUUUCAUUAUCCAUUAAAAUCACGCAAUUAUAAUUGUCCAUUUCAUAUAAACCCAAGAAUUUCAUGUCAAUUAUCAAAAAACGUACAAAAUAGUGAUGAAGAUAAGAAAAUCAAUAAUGGGUUAGAACUUCUUAAGUUAUCUGUAACUCUUACAGUCAUAUCAAUUUCACUGCCACAGCCUGUAAUGGCAGCAAAAGUUGCUGAUAAGAAACGGGCUAAAAAAACUGUAGAAGCAUUAACCCCAGAACAGUUAAAUUCAUGGUCUCAAGGGUUGCCUAUUGUUAAAGAAAGAUUACCCUUUUCUGAUGUAUUGAAUUUGAAGGAAGAGGGUAAAAUUAAGCAUAUAAUUAAGCCUCCUAAUGCGACAUUUAGGAAAAACCCAGAAUGUAUUUUGGUUGUUUUGGAUGAUUCUAGGGUUUUAAGGACAGUUUUACCCUCUUUGGAGGGUAAUCCUAAGUUUUGGAGUAAAUGGGAUGAGUUGAAUAUGGAUUCUAUUUGUGUUAAUGCAUACAGUCCACCUGUUAAGAAGCUUGAUUUUCCUACGCCGUAUCUGGGGUUUUUGUCUAGAGUACCUUUGUGGGUGGUUUCGAGGUUGAAACCAAAGCCACAGUCGAAGAAGGCGUUAGAGUUGAAGAAGAUGAGGGAGGAUUUGAAGAGGCAGAGAACGGAGGAGUUGAAGAAGAUGAGGGAGGAAAGGGAGAUGAUGGAGAAUGAGUUAAGAAAGCAGAAGAAGAUGGAGGAGAGGACUAGGAGAAAAAAGUUGCAGGAGAUGAAGUAUGAGGAGUCAUUACUUCAGGCUCGAAGAAAUUAUAAAAUGUUUGGGAAUUACUGGGAAAAUUUGGCUGAUGAUUCCACUGUGACUACGGGUCUUGGUAUUCUUUUCUUUUACAUAUUCUACCGGGUGGUUGUUCUUAAUUAUAGAAAGCAGAGGAAGGAUUAUGAGGAUAGGAUGAAGAUUGAGAAAGCUGAGGCCGAAGAAAGGAAAAAGAUGAAAGAGUUAGAGAAGCGAAUGCAAGGACGAGAGGAUGAAGAUGAUGAAGAAGAGGGGAAGGGUGGAGAAGAAAAUGCGUAUAUGAAGAUGGCAACACAAUUCAUGAAGUCAGGUGCUCGUGUGCGUCGAGCUCGUGGUAAAAGACCACCUCAAUUUUUGGAAAGAGAUGUAGAUGUUAAGUUUUCAGAUGUUGCUGGGCUUGGUAAAAUACGACUUGAGCUAGAAGAGAUUGUCAAGUUCUUCACACACGCGGAAAUGUAUCGCAGAAGAGGAGUCAAGAUACCAGGUGGCAUUCUUCUUUGUGGAUCCCCUGGAGUUGGAAAGACACUUUUAGCAAAAGCUGUGGCUGGUGAAGCUGGUGUAAACUUUUUCUCUAUUUCCGCUUCUCAAUUUGUGGAGAUAUAUGUUGGGGUUGGUGCUUCUCGUGUGCGAGCACUUUACCAAGAAGCAAAAGAUAAUGCUCCAGCAGUGGUCUUCAUUGAUGAAUUAGAUGCUGUUGGGAGGGAGCGUGGUCUUAUAAAGGGUUCAGGUGGACAAGAGCGUGAUGCUACACUAAACCAGCUUCUUGUGUGCUUAGAUGGUUUCGAAGGCAGAGGGGAAGUAAUCACUAUUGCUUCUACAAAUAGACCAGACAUUUUAGAUCCGGCACUUGUCAGGCCUGGUCGGUUUGACAGAAAGAUUCAUAUUCCUAAACCUAGCCUCCAAGGGCGUAUUGAAAUUCUACAGGUCCAUGCUCGCAAGAAACCCAUGGCUGAUGAUGUGGACUAUAUGGCUGUUGCUAGUAUGACUGAUGGAAUGGUGGGGGCGGAGCUUGCAAAUAUUAUUGAGGUUGCUGCUCUGAGUAUGUUGCGUGAUGGAAGAAGUGAGAUUACAACUGAUGAUUUAUUACAAGCUGCACAAUUGGAAGAAAGAGGAAUGCUUGACAGGAAGGAUAGAAGUGCAGAAAUGUGGAAGCGAAUAGCUCUUAAUGAAGCAGCACAAGCUAUAGCAGCUGUGAACUUUCCUGAUCUUAGAAAUAUAGAAUUUCUGAAUAUUGCUCCUAGGGCUGGUAGGGAACUUGGUUAUGUUCGUUCAAAAUUGGAUCAUGUCAAAUUUAAGGAAGGACUGUUAAGUCGGCAGUCUCUUUUGGAUCAUAUUACAGUUCAGCUUGCAUCUCGAGCAGCUGAUGAGUUAUGGUAUGGUGAAGACCAGCUAAGCACGAUAUGGGCUGAAACAGCUGAUAAUGCUCGUUCAGCAGCUCGGACUUUUGUUCUUGGUGGCCUGUCUGAGAAACAUCACGGCUUGAACAACUUCUGGGUUUCUGAAAAAAUUGAUGACAUUGAUCUGGAGGCUUUAAGGAUUGUCAACAUGUGUUAUGAACGCGUAAAAAAGAUCUUACAAAGAAACCGAAAGCUUGUAGAUGUUGUGGUUGAUGAACUAGUUCAGAAGAAAAGCCUGGCUAAGAAAGAAUUCUUCGAACUUGUCGAGAUGCACGGAAGUCUUGAACCCACUGCACCGAGUAUUCUUGACAUCAGAGCCGAGAAACGUAAGCACUUGCAAGAAAUGAUUGCUGAUCAGGAAGCUAGUCUUGCAAGCAAAGCUUAAAUGAGAAAUCUAGAGGAUGUUAUUCUCCAUUGAGAAAUUCUAUGGUGACUGAAAAUUGCUUCAUUCUUUAUAAUAAAAUCCCGUUUACACCAUCCGCUGAUCUUCUGGGUUAAGAUUGGGGGGGGUGAAGAGUAGCCAUUAUAAAUUAUAAUGGAGCAGACGUCGUUAUUGAAUUCCUACUGCAGCUCUGCCCGGGUAAACCCAUGGGCUGUGUUCAGAUUUUAAACGUAUGUAAUCUGUCGACGGGUUCAGUACCAGGAAGUUUUUUCAGUAGGUGAAUCAUUAUGUCUACGAAAUAGAGAUUGUAUUUUAAUCCCUACAUUGUCGUUGUCCUUACUAAUUGCAAGGUUUCCGUCAUUUUUGCCUAGACGGAGUUUAAAAUAUGAUGAAAAAGCAAGAGAAAUCCAAUCAAAAUUUAGUUUCCAUGACAAUAUCAGUUGAUUCAACCCAUUGGGAUUUAUAUUUUUCUGAUUUUGUACUAAAUUAUAAUGUAACUUUUAUUAGUCUGGUAUUACAACAUAAUUGUGAAUCAAUCGGUGUAAUGAUUCUGUAAUCGACAAGAGUUUUGUUGUAGAAUCGUGGACGUC